UGGGAAUCCACGUGUCCCCGGCCCGCAGCUGCCCCCACCCCCGUGCGCGAGCCCGAGCCCAGCCCCCAGCGGUGGGAGGGGGACUGGCCGCCGCAGACCGCUCCGGGAUCUCUCCGUGCGCCAGACGCUCCCCGGCCCUGCGAGACCCCCCCUGCCUGGGCCAGAGGCGGCCGCCAGGCCUGAUCUACCCCCAAGCUUGGACUGAGCUAGCGGAGAGGGUGUUCGAGCCCAGCCUACGCUGGGGAGCAGCUCCCUUCCCCGAACUGAAGCGAAGGCCCAAAUCAUAGCAGCCGGAGCAUCCUCGCAGCGCAAGCACCUUGGCUUCGAAGCUGAUUGAGUCAAGUGUUGGUAAAACCCACUGACUCCAGCCAAGCUUGUUGACACCCAGCCAAGCCUCUGCUGUGCUUUGGCUGAGAGUAAAACUGCUUUCCUGCUCCCUCUGCAGUUCCCCAGGCAGGAAUAACCAUGGGCAGUAGCCCAGCUUCAGACACGGACGGGGCAGACGGAGGAUAACACUAGCAUUGCCCCCACACACAGCCUCGUGGAUCCGCAGCCUCCAGCCCUUCACCCUAGACCCCACAUACAGUGGGGCUGGGUCGUUCCUUCCUUCUGGCACCUUGCGAUGGGAAAACGUUGGCAGCAGCUUUUUGCCCAAUUGCAGCGAACACGCACGGCACCCUAGAGAGGAGGGGAGAGCCCCUCACCCAGGGAAGGAAUCGGCCUCCCUGGGCUGCAGGGAGCCUGCAGAUCCUUCCUCAGCAGCAGUGUACCAGGGCACCCACUGGUCUCUCUCUCAUGAAUUGCUGCUCCCGGCACGUGGGAGGCUGUUCCCGCUGACACAGCCAUUGUCAUGUAGGCCAGAUUGUCCGUCUGCUUGCUGCCCAGACACACGCCAUCAGCAUGCAGUGGGGCUACGCACCCUUCCUCUAUUUCGUGGCUGUCCUGGGGCUGGAGGCUGCAAUGCAGAAGGAAUGCAGGAUUAUCGAGGCUCUCCAGAACAAGCUGACAUAUCAGCAACGGCUCCAGUACAUGAAACACUAUUUCCCCAUCAACUAUACCGUGAAUGUCCAGUUUGAAGAGGUUCUCAGGGCGGCCAACAUUACCAGGCUGCGGGAUCAGAAUGUCGGCGAGCUGUCCCUUCGCUACUUGUGGCUCAGUGUGAACUCCCAGGUGCUGCUGAAGAUCUGGGCUGUGCUGCUGGAGAAGCAUCCGUCCUGGGAGUACACCCAAGAUCUCUGCCACCUCUUUGAGCAGCUGGCUGAGGAGUACGAGAACUACAACCAGGGGAAUGUGGACGCAAACGUUCAGGACAUGGUAGAGCAGGUUCUCACUGGUGACGCAGGGAGCAGCCAGAAGGCCGUGCCCCCCAAAGCUCUGCUGGAUAACUGCGUCAAGGUCAUGUGGAUGCUGUACAGCGAAUCAUGUAAAUAGGAUUCUGCCUAUGAUCGGGAAGGGACCGUGGCCAUUUCCUCCCUCUCUCCGUGCCCUCUGCACUGCCUCGGCAUGUGGUCUUUGUUGUCACGCUGCCUGUCUGCUUGUGCCCCACAACCCCAGCUUCUGUGUCGCGUUGUGCCUGCCAUCUCCCCAGGGCCCAGAGGAAGCCAGCACCCUAUGAAGCAUCUUCCAAGGUGCCCGGCAGUGGGAGCUUUGCCUGGCUCUCCUAGAGCAGAAUGAGACCAAAGGCAGAGGAAGGGGCGUGCAGAGGAUUUUCUCUUCCAGAGCCGGGGUACAAGCUCAGGAAAUCUUUCUGGCACGGGAAAUCCAGGGAAGGUGGUGACUUCUCCUGCCAUGAACAGGCUGUAUUUGUGUCGCUCUGAGGGUGCGGCUAUGUGUUGCUCCCCGUGCUCCCCACCAGAAUAGAUACCCGAUGGCCAGCUCUGCAGCAGAAAUGGAGACUUCCGUCACAUUCACGCCUGCUUCAGCAAGGGAUUUUCUCACAAGAGUUGUCAGAGAGAGAGCAUGAUAUAACCUGGCCUGGGGCGUGUUGGCCUCAACGCAUGCCUGAGUCAGGACGCACAACUGGUACACAGCAGCCCCUGCAGAGAAGAGCCUCUGGAGGGAUGCUGACCAUCCGGUGGAUGCUCCCUGGAGACUGCUGUGACUGGAUUGGCAGCUUUGCGGCAGGAACGUUCCAACUCCUGAACAUUUAACACAAAGCUGCUGUAGCUGGAACAUCCCCGCUUGGCCUGGCCUCACCUGGGGACCAAAGAGGAAAGGAACAUCAGGCCACGGAGCGAGUUGGACCCCGUGUACGAGGGAGCCACCUACAGAGACACUUUCCAUCCCACCCCAGCGCUGGUGCAUGUGAAUACAGGGUCAGACCUGCGGAGCCAGAGGAUCUGAGAGUGCCAACAGCAAUCUGCCCUCAGACUCUUCCUAGAGCUUGUUGUGUUGUGGUUCCCCUCCUGAGUGAGCUGAUGGAUGAUGGAGCCGUGCACCUGCAAUAUGUGUUUGUGAGCCAUUGCCCAUUGAUCUAACCCUAGUUCUAAAAUGCCUGCCACCAUUGUCACCCAGCACCUUAGAGCUCAUGACCAGGCCUUUGGGCUGCCUUGUCUGUUCAUUUGCUGGCUCCAGCCUAGGGCUAGGGCACCUGGAGACAUGUAUCUCCCUUUGACCCACGUCUCCCUGCCCUUUUAGAAGAAGUUCUCUGCUCCUGUUUUCAGUGCUGCUAACUUGUGUGGUUUUGAUCACUUAUCUUACAACAUUUGGUACUUUCUUUAAAGCCCUGAGCCCUGGAAUCACCAUAUAAAUGCACCUUGUCAGCUUGCAUUAAUGAAAAAAGCUGGUCUCUAGCUCUCCUGGUCGCAGCUGAGCUUGUAAAUGUGUCCCCUACAGGCUCCAAAGCCAAUAAAUGCAAUAAAGAGCAAGCGAACCCAACUCUAAAUAUGUCGAAUGUAAAGUCUCAUGAUUCAUGGAAUCCGGGAAACCCUGGGAUGUCAUGUGUCCUCCCUCCCACCUGCUGGGAGACUCGUUGGCCACGUCUCUCAUGCUGCCCAGGCCAUGUGCUGGGGCUGAAUGGUUUCUGGGCAGGCUAAGCAGCAAGGGCUGCCCUGAUCCUCCCGCAUCACACAGAGCUGUUUUGCAUCCAGAAGCUGAAGUGCUUUUCAAAGGGAAAUCUGUUUUGCGGGAGGACUGGGCUGUGUCUGCUCCAGCCAACUUUGUAGCUGUAAUUCUCCACCAACUGGAGCAACAGUGGAAGCUGCCGUGUAGACGGCGCAGGGGCGCUUUGCGCUCUGCGCUAUCUAACUCCACCUUGAGCAUGGCUAGAGGACACGGUGAUAGAAAUGUCCAAGUCCUCUCUAUACUGCGGCUUUCACCGUAGGCACCACUGGUGGAGAAUGAUGUCAAAGUUUGCCUGCUAAGUCAAGCCAGAGGAAAGAGAGAGGGUUUGCAACACUGAUGCAUGACAAGAGGGAGCAGCAUACAGGGAGUUGGCCAUAGAGGCUUUGCGUCUGAUGGAAACAUUGGUCCCUGGGGUUACCCUGGCUCAUGAAGGUGGCAAAUGACAGAUCACCACUGCUGAACCACGACUACCGUUCUGUGCUGUUGACUGCCCUGUAACUGGUUCCCUGGAAAAUGCUGACUCCUCAGAUGGCCCAAGGGUUGAGCAUGUCUCACAGACCUGGAGGGAGCAUUUGACCCACACAAACAGGAAUUGGGUUUGAACCGAUGUUGCAGCUGCCUCCCUCCAUAUGGUCAUAGGUUUUAGUGUAGAGGGGCCGUCUGUCCAGGUGUGGUGGCAGGGAAGUGAGAUUACAGCCGUGGUACAGACUGGUAGCAGGUGCUCUGGCUCAUACGAAGAGGCCAGGGCCUGAUGUUAUCAAGACACCUCAACUUUUAGGUGCCCAAUUGAAGCACCUUUGAAUGGCCAGAUGUUCAGAAAGGGCUGACCACACACCCUGAUCUCUUUAAGGCAUCUCCAUCGGGCCCCCAAAGCGUGGGUCACCCCACAGUAGUCAGGAGUGAAACUUGACGACUUGAUGUCUCAUCUCUCUCCCAAAUCCAGGGACUUUUUUUCCUACAGCCCCAGCCUCACCACGGUGCCACGCUGGUGCUCACAUUGCUCAUGGAGAAGCAAACGGAUUCAACAAUGGAUGGGGCUGGGCGGGGGAAUUUUUCAAGUUGUUAUUGAACAUAAAGAGUAAGAUGCAGCCUGUUGCCAAAGAAUUACAUAGCAAUAAAUGGUUCGGGAGAGCGGCUGGAUCUGAAAUGGCCUUGUCUGAAUCUAGCUGAAGUGCUAGAUAGCCUCCACUGCUGGAGAAUCAGAGCACCUGUCAAUCUGUAAUGUAUCCGCCCUCCCCUCACUGGGCAGGGCAACGGGGAACUACAGCGCGGGGAGACUAAAGCACUGACCCAAGGUCACAUCAGGAGUCUGUGGCAAAGCAGGGAAUUCCACUCAUGUCUCUUACAUGACAAGCUGCCACCCAGACCACUGGGCCACCCUGGAAUGAACAUUUAGCAUGAUUCAGCUGCCAGUGUUUAUUACCUAGGUGAUCUCUCCCUGGGUUGUGACCCACAGUGGAGUUUCACACAGGUGUCAUGGGGUCACAACCUCCCUGUUACUCCAUAAUGCAAACGGGGAGGCAGGUCCCAGCUGGUGGAGGUUGAGACACACAAACAGAGGAAUAAUGACAGGCUUCAGAAGCAAAUAGGUUACAUGGCAAAUAAUUUCCGAGUCCACUCCUAUAUAGAGCCCCUGGGCCAAGUCCAGAAGCCAGGUGUAUAGUGGAUGUAAGUUACACAUGGAAGAGCAGGUGGGGAGGAGGGGAACAAAGCAGGUCUAAAGUCUGGUCUAUGUUACAAAGUUCGGUCAACGUAAGGCAGCUUACAUCAACCUAAUUAUGUCAGUGUCCUCAUUCCAGCCUUGCUCCCGCCCAUGCAAGUUCCCUGCUACACCAACAUAAUAACUCCUUCUCCAGGAGAGACGUGGGCUUACGUCGGUGUAGUUAGGGUGACACAGUGUCCGAGCAGACGCUGCCAUUAUUUACAUCUGCUGUUGGCUGUCAUUCUUGUCAAUUGACAAGAAAGGCUGGUUGGCUCCCUGCUGUGAAUCCCACGCCCCACUCACAACUUAGGCUUUCACCCUGGGGCAGGUGGGGGGGUUCCAGACAGAAAUUGGCUGUUCCCUGCGUUUCUGGGUCCCUUUUCCCAGCCAGGGAGCCACGCUCUGAGCUGGGCUGUUGCCCAGGCUUCUGACUCUGUGCCGGGCUGGCUCUCCGCUGGGAGCCCUGCUGCCCCCUGGCUCCAAGCUAGGCUACCACCCGGGCUCCCCACGCCCUGCUAGGAGCCCGGCUGCCCCCAGGCUCCACGCUCCAAGCAGGCAGCAGCCGGACUCACAGCCGGGAUUUGGGAGCCCUAUAAGGAGCAGGGAACCAAGAUCCAUGGGGGCAGCAGCCCAGCUCCUGGUGGGGAGCUCCGUGCGGAGCUGAGAGUCCUGGUGAUAGCCAAGCUCCCAACAGGGAGCUGGAGAGCUGAGAGUCCUUGCUGUAGCUGGGCUCCCAGGGGGGAGCUCUGUGCCAAGCUGAGAGCUCAGACUCUCAGCCCCCCCCAUUGCCCCUUUUCAGUCAGUGGAAGCUCCUGGUGAGGGCACACACCACUGACAGAAGGGUAGUGUGGACAUGAAAAACCAGUUAUUACUGUGCUGGCUGCAUGUGGACCUAACAUAGGUCGACAUAAGUUUGUAGUGUAGACAUGCCCUAGGUGAAAGCAGGGCAGGGCAGGGUUGGGAUGUCCUUAUGGACGCUUGAGGUUUUAACAGAUUUAAUUGAUUCCCAGUUAACUCAAAGCAGUUUGCACCUUAGUGAAGGCAAGUCUGUGCGCAUACCCGAGAUAUUUCUUCCAACUAAGGAAUGUUUGUGGUUCACUGUGGGGAUCCAUCCAGCACAAGCAUAGGUGCCAACUUUCCCCAGCGCUGGGACCUCCUGUCCCCGCCCUGACUCCACCCUUUCCCCGUCCCUGCCCCGCCCCCAUUCCAACUCCUUCUCCAAAGUCCCUACCCCAACUCUGCCCCCUCCCUGCCCCUAUUGGAUCCCUUCCCCAAAUUCGCGCCCUGGCCCCGCCUCUUCCCCAAGUGUGCCACAUUCCCCCUCCUCUCCCCUCCCUCCCAGUGCUUGCCGCGCAAAACAGGUGUUUCGUGGCACAAGCGCUGGGAGCUAGGGGGAAAAAGCGGACACGCGGAAGAGGUGGAGGCAGAGGUGAGCAGGAACCGGGGGGGUGGGGAGCUGCCGGUGGGUGCAGAGCACCCACCAAUUUUUCCCCUGGGUGCUCCAGCCCCAGAGCACCCAUGGAGUUGGCGCCUAGGAGCAAGCUACAUGUUUGUAGCUUGGAAAAAAUGUUUAGGCAGCAUCCAGACUGGCCUUGAUACGGUUAACUGGCUUCAAGUUAACUGGGAAUCAUUUAACUGGAGGUAAAAGCAGAGGUGAAAGUAAGCAGGUCCAGUCUAGUACGGCAUACCGGCAAGAGCCAGUACACUGUGCCAGACCAGACCGGCUUCCCUGACCACUGUGGGGUCGGGUGGGGGGCUUUAAGCGCUCCUGGGGCUCCCUGCAGUGGCUGCAGCCCUCAGGGCUCCCCGCAGCAGCCGCAGCCCCCUGAGCCCCACUGCUGGAGCCCUAGGGUAGUGGCGGCAGGGCUCCGGUGCUGAUUUAAAGGGCCAGGGGCUCCGGCUGCUGUGGGGAGCCCCGGGCCCUUUAAAGCACUCCCCGAGCCCCGCUGCUGGAGCCCCGGGGUAGCAGUGGCAGGGCUCCAGCGCUGAUUUAAAGGGCUUGGGGCUUCGGCCACUGUGGGGAGCCCCGAGCCCUUUAAAGCACCUCCCCCCGAAACCCCGGGGCUCCUUGCAAUGGCUGGAGCCCCCAAGUUCUUUAAAGCAUCACCCAAGCCCCGGGGUAGUGGUGGCAGGGCUCCGGUGGUGAUUUAAAGGGCCCGGAGCUCUGCUGCCUGGGGCCCUUUAAAUUGUCCCGGGGCUCCCAGCUGGCUGUGUAUUUAAAGGCCCUGCUUCUUCCGGUUGAGGCCAUGCCUCUUCUGGUCGAGGCCAGACCCCCUGCUCAGGACUCCAGAGUACCGGUAAAUCCUUUAAGUUACUUUCAUCCCUGGGUAAAAGGCUCCACUAAAGAGAUAUCCCAGCCAUGUAGUCUGCCUCCGUGGCCUUCUGGAGCACAUAACCUCUGAUUGGGGGUCUCAGUUCAUGCCUGGUGUUGGCGGGAGGCCCUGUGCUGCUGGGAGUCCUCACUUCUCCUUUAUGCAGAAUUUGCCUGCAACAAUGCAGACUAUAUAUCUAUGGGUCAAAGUCUCUUUUUUCCAAUUAUGGGGACCACCCCAGAUUCCACCUGCAAGUAUCUGCAUUGUCUCCCAACCCGGCCACCUCAGACCUAGUACAGUAGAUUUGUUGGGCUCAGGAAGAAGUGAAGGAGCACCUGGAAAAGGCAAGAGCAAACUAUAAGCAGUAUGCAGACCAGCAUCAACAGCAACACCCCACCUACACAGUGAAGCAAAAGGAUGGUUCUCCAUGGAUCAUCUCCACCCAGACAGACCCUCUCACAAGCUGGACUUCUGGUUCCUUGGCCCUUUUAAGAUCCUGUAACAGGUUAAUCCCUUUGCUUUUGAAUUCCUUCUAAUUGGCCCUCUGAAGAUUCAGCCAGUGUUUCACAUCUCACUUUUUAAACUCUACCCAGAAAACCCUUUCCUGCACAGGACCCCGCCACCUCCUUCACUGGUACAGGUACAGGGCAUCAGGAAUAGGUAGUUCAUGAAAUCCUGGACUCUAAAUUUAAAUGUGGCAGGCUCUGGUAGUCCCUGCUUGGCAUCCCGCAUGGGUGUCCCCAGGCUGCCUCAGGCAAUGCAAGUCUUUGAACCACCAUCUCACUGGGCCAUCAGGCUCAUGGACAGCAAGAGGGCUCUGGGUGAAGGAAACAGUUCUCAUCCCUCUGGGGUGUCGCCCACCACCAUCCAUCAUGGUCCGCCUUCAGCGAGGUGGGUAUGAUGGAUGGAACAUGAAGUGGUUAACAGCACCUGUGAGCUGUCUAUGUGUGCCUUGGGGGGGCAUCAUCCCAGAAGGUGCUCUCAUGAACCACCGCCAUAGCCUCACCAUCUCCAAGGGAUCCAGGGUUUCCUUUUUUCCCAGCUUGCCGGGGAGGCAGACAUGGGACAGGGCCACCUCACAACCAACACCUAUGCACCAUCAUGGCUUCUACCUGCUUUGAGUGUUCCUGACCCAUGGUCAGAUGCCUGCCAACCCCCUCCCAUCCUGGUCCUAGCACUCACGCUUGCCGAAACAUCAUGCAGUUGGGGAGGAUGGCCCAGGCAACAGGAACAGACAGAAGCACAGUGUCACUCAGGGGGCAGCUCAGAUACAUGCAUGGAGGAAGACUUUAAGGUGACCCUGUGGUGGACCAGCACUGAUGGAAGAAACCCCCUUGAAUAGCCUCACUCUUCCCCCCCCAGGCAUGGGGAUGGGGGGGACAGGACAACCAGUGAGGGGGCUGCCAGAACAUCCCCAUGCCUGGCAUCCCACCGUGCACAUGGAUGGAGAGGCAUCCAAGGCUUUCAGUGUAGCUCCACCACUGCUGUGCUGCUGGCGGGGGUGGGGACUGAGCUAGCACAUGCAGCCCCAUGAAUGAUCCUGCUGCAGCUUCACCUAUGGAAACGUUGUAAUGACUUUUACUUCCUCUAGAUAGUCAAGUUUGACCAUCUUCUCGGCACUCUGCCAGGGCCAUUGACCAAUCCCAGGAGGGCCAAUCCAAGGACCUUACUAAACCGUUCAGUCAGUAGUAGUGACGAGUGGUGUGUACAACGAGCAGGGACGUAACACUAGCUUAUGAUCUGCACCUACUAGGAAUGCCUCAUUCAUGGGGAAUAAUUGCAAUCCCCAAUCCCCAUCAUGAAUGGAGUUCAGUAAGUUACCUACACCUUUUAGCCUAGGGUAGACACAGCCUAGGCUAACCUCUGUAAUGUUCAUGGACAGCUAAGAGUAUCCUUAUUGCUCAGCCUUGGGUGGCUGAACGCCACUUGUCCCACUCAGAAGUUGGAAGCUGACUGCUCAGAGAUCACAUAAGUAGUUAGCAUGCCAGAGUCUUGUUCAUUAUCCGAAUUAACCAGCAAGUCACUCCACCAACUAAGAACAACCAUCCACCAGCACCUGCUGGAACAAGAAAGAGUUACUAAUCUGACAAUCCUUUCCAGCUCUGGAUUCGGGGAGGUUUCCUGUGAUGAGUCAAAUUAAGCUGUAGGCUGCGCUCCUGGUGGUGCCCUUUGAUCAGUUACCUUAAGUUUUAGCUUUGCAACCAUCCUUUCCCCAAAGACUCUGGCUUCCCAUAAGCUGCCCGGUAGGUCAUUGGAAUAAUGCCACUGGCUUGCCAGUCAGAAUCAUUUAUAGGCGGAACUACAGUGGUAUUUUAACAUCUUUGUCCUCCAACUUUUGUUCUUGAUUAAUUAAAAUAUUCUUGGCAA